ACCGACGAAAUAAUUAAUUUCAGCCCUUUUUACGACCUCGUUUCCCAAACGUCCUUCCGUUCGCUAUCUCCUCUUCUUCCUCCCUGGCUCCCUCCCUCCUCCCCUCUCCCCUGUCCCCUCUCUCUUUCUCACCGUCCACGCGCGACUGCGCGGGACACUGGUCAACGCCCCGGUGGCAGGCGGCUCCGUUGGGGGGUGAGUCUAGCUCCGUCUGUUGCGCCGGAAUAACGCGGCGGGUGCUACCUCCGGCCCUCGGGUUCCAUGGGGAGGAACGGUAGCGUGAGGCGCUCGGCGUUUUCGGGCGCCGCGGGUGCUGCCGCGGGGCCGCCGUCCUUCUCUGUGAAUCCCGCCGACUACCGGUUGAUGGAGGAGGUGGGGUACGGUGCGCACGCCGUCGUGUACCGCGCGAUCUUCCUCCCGACUAAGGGUGUUGUCGCGGUCAAGUGCCUGGAUCUCGAUCAGCUCAAUAACAACAUCGAUGAAAUACAAAGGGAGGCUCAAAUAAUGAGCUUGAUAGACCAUCCUAAUGUCAUCAGGGCUUACUGCUCAUUUGUUGUGGAGCACAGCCUCUGGGUGAUAAUGCCAUUCAUGACAGAGGGUUCUUGUUUACACUUAAUGAAGAUCUCAUACCAGGAAGGUUUUGAUGAGCCGAUCAUUGGCUCCAUUCUCAAGGAAACUCUUAAGGCUCUGGAUUACCUUCACCGGCAGGGUCAAAUACAUCGUGAUGUCAAGGCUGGUAAUAUCCUUAUCGAUGGUGCUGGGGUAGUGAAGCUUGGAGACUUUGGUGUUUCUGCUUGUAUGUUUGAUAGAGGUGAUAGGCAAAGAUCUAGGAAUACAUUUGUAGGAACACCAUGCUGGAUGGCUCCAGAAGUGCUCCAACCUGGCACUGGAUAUAAUUUCAAAGCUGACAUAUGGUCAUUUGGAAUCACUGCUCUUGAACUAGCACAUGGCCAUGCUCCAUUUUCUAAAUACCCUCCUAUGAAGGUUCUUCUCAUGACCCUCCAGAAUGCACCACCUGGUCUUGAUUAUGAACGUGACAAAAGAUUCUCAAAGUCAUUUAAAGAAAUGGUUGCAAUGUGCUUGGUCAAAGAUCAAACAAAGAGACCAACAGCUGAGAAGUUGCUUAAGCAUUCAUUUUUCAAAAAUGCAAAGCCUCCAGAGUUGACUAUUAAGAGUAUCUUAUCUGGUUUACCUCCUCUCUGGGACCGUGUAAAGGCUCUCCAGCUUAAAGAUGAAGCACAAUUGGCUUUGAAGAAAAUGCCUUCUUCUGAACAGGAGGCCCUCUCCCUGAGUGAAUAUCAACGCGGCGUUAGUGCAUGGAACUUCGAUAUCGAGGAUCUCAAGGCUCAAGCAUCAUUAAUUCAUGAUGACGAGCCUCCUGAAAUAAAAGAAGAUGAGGACAUUGCAAGAAACAUUGAGGACUUGUCUUCACGGAACCAUUUGGGAAAGUCAUUUGCAAAUGAGUGCAAUUCCAGGCAGCGAGCCUUUGUCACCACUUUAAAAUCGGAUGGAAACAGACCCACCACGAAUGAAGCUUUUGAUUUUGAUUUUGAUUUUAGCGAGGCUGCCACUACAAGAAGGGCUGAUGGACAUGAAAGAAACAUAAGAGAGAAUGAUUCAUUGCCCUCUACAGCAAAGCGAGAUCCAGAGUCGAAUCAUUGGACAAGUGACGUUGGGCAGAGACAACUGUCUUCUGGUGGGAGCAAUAGCUCAACAGCUGAAAGGGGCUAUGGUUUUGAGAGGGAUGCAGUUGUGCAAACAAUACCUGAAAAACAAAGAAGUGAGGCGAGAAAAACAGCAAGCCUUAGUGGUCCACUUUCACUGCCAACUCGUGCUUCUGCAAAUAGUCUGUCAGCUCCUAUUCGAUCUUCAGGAGGUUUUGUAGAUUCAUCAGGUGACAAGUCCAAACGAAGUGUAGUAGAGAUUAAAGGCCGCUUUUCAGUGACAUCUGAGAAUGUCGAUCUUGCAAAGGUUCAGGAAGGUCCACUUAGUAGCCUCUCACGGAAAUCACCAGAGGGUUCACUGCUAAAAAAAUCUGCCAGCACUGGUGAUUGUUUGAUUAAUACUAAGCUGAUGCGUAACGCUAAUCAGCUGAAGGAAUUCUGCAAUAGUUCUGUAUCAUCUUCAGUAUUAAUUCCCCACCUUAACAACCUUGUGCAACAGACCAUGUUUCAGCAGGAUGUAAUCAUGAACCUACUUAGUAACUUGCAACAGGAUGAGAAAGUUGAUAGAACACAGCCUGGAAUAUCUUCUCAAGUCCGAACGAUGGAGAAUGGUAAAGUGGCUGAUACAGCUAACUCUGAGAAGGAACGGUCAUUACUUGUUAAAAUUUCAGAAUUACAGUCUAGGAUGAUAACACUGACUGAUGAACUAAUUGCAGCUAAGACAAAACAUGUUCAGUUGCAGCAAGAGCUAAAUGCUUUGUACUACCGAGAAGAAAUUGAGGAUGUUAGGGAUGAGGAUAUCGAAGAAACAUAGUGUAUGAAUUAUCUGCCUCUCCCUGAGACAGAUCAAUUACCCGCCUCUCCCUGAGGUCAGGGGAGAACAAGAGAAGGAAAGCGGCAGGGAGAACUAGCGAUGGAAAGUGGCGAUGCCGCAAAUAUUUGCUGGAUCUAGAGACCAGCUGCGGUUCUACGGAAUUUGUUCUUUGAAGGUUGCCGUGCCCCUGGCCUGCUGCCAUCCAGUGUGUAUAACCGUCUUAGUUCGUUUUUUUUUUGUGGCCACAAGAUUGAGGCGUGGUCAUGCAGCUAUUUCGGCCAUGCCUAUCAUUGGGAGUAGCUGUAGUCCGUAGGCUACCGGGUGGUUAUCUAUGCAGAAUUUCAGAAGACUGCAAAAUAAACUGUAUUUUAUCUAGCAAUAGGAUGUAUAUUGGCGCAUUCGUUGAUAUGUAUCAUAUAGGGCUAUUCGCAAACAUCCAAACAGAGUUGUUUGCACAUAUCUAAUAAAGUAUGCAUUUACUGCAUUUAUCA